UUGUGUCGUGAUUAAGGUGGCUUGAGCGCCAGUGUCAACAUUCAUACGAUGUGAUGAUCCAUUAAUGUUAACAUUUACUUUCCACCAUUCACCUUGGUUGCUGAUGGUGAAGAAGCUUUUGACAGGUUUUUGCACAAUACUGAUUGAAUUAGCAGCGUAUGUGCUUCGACAAACCUUAGCUAUGUGACCUUUCUUCUUGCACUUGUUGCAAGUCACAUCUUUGAAUCGGCAAUCGUUGCGCCAAUGAUCGGUUCGGCCGCAAGAUGCGCAAGCAUGUGUAGGUUUUCCACGAGAAUUUGAAGUUUGUGUUAGCUUUGGUUCUGCCUUAGCAAAGUGCCGUACAAACUUUUGGUUUUGUUUGCCUCCUUUAUCUUUCAAAUGCUGUGGCUUAGCAUGGAUGGCAUUAGUGUCGGCUCGUGGAUUGUUUAGUGACAAAGCGCUUUCUUUGACUAGCUGAUAAGCUCUACAUUCUUCCGCUAAUUCUUUCAAAUUGAUGGACCUUUUCUUGAUUCUGGCAUCUUCCAGAAUUUGGAGACAUUUCUGCCGAAUGUCGUGAGCAUCAUCACGCAAAGAGAUGAUGAAAAUCAGGCACUUAAGGUCUUCCUUAGUGAGUGCCAUUUGAGCAUUUUCGCAUGCUGCAUUAAUCUGUCCAAUCAAUGAGUCGAUGUCUUGGUUUGGUUGCUGUUUGAUCUUAAGACACUCAAAGCGUCUUACGAAUAAUGAACGUGUAUCGGCAAAAAGAAGUUUCAGAUUCUUGACCGUAUCAUUGAACGUAAUGAUGUCCGGUGUGUCGGGAGCUACGCUGUUGCUGUAUUUGGCGUAUUCUUCUUCUCCCAAUUUUCCUACCAACAGCCUAACCUUAGAAGCAUCUGGGAGGUCUUUCCCAUCAUCAUUUAUUAAGGUACCAAACCUUUUGAACCAGCUUUCAAAUGUCGAUCCGUUUUCAGGAUCAUAA